AUGGUCACCACGCUAACUCCCGUUAUUUGUGAAUCCGCUCCAGCUGCUGCGGCUUCAUACUCCCAUGCCAUGAAAGUGAACAAUUUGAUUUUCCUUUCUGGCCAAAUUCCAGUGACCCCAGACAACAAGUUAGUUGAAGGUUCCAUUGCUGAUAAGGCUGAACAGGUGAUUCAAAACAUUAAGAAUGUUCUAGAAGCAAGCAAUUCCUCAUUGGACAGGGUCGUAAAAGUUAACAUUUUCUUGGCAGAUAUCAAUCACUUUGCUGAGUUUAACUCCGUUUACGCCAAGUACUUCAAUACUCACAAACCUGCCAGAUCAUGCGUUGCUGUUGCAGCAUUGCCAUUAGGCGUUGACAUGGAAAUGGAAGCCAUUGCUGCCGAAAGAGAUUAA